ACUGCGGUCUAUACAGCACGAUCAAGCCAAAGUAAUAACUAAUACGGUUAUUGUAGCGGAGGCAGUGCACGUGCUCUGAUUGUGACUUUACCCCCGUGGUAUCUGUAUAGCAUUGUGUCCGCUAUUGUAUCGCUCCUACACCCUGUAAAUGCUUGAUUGGUCGAGUCUUCGUACUAGUAGAACAAUAGCGGUGGCUUUUCUCCACAAGCCAAACUUUGAGUUUACUGACCGUUACUGUGUUUGUUCCGUUGCGUCUCUGAUUACAUUCAAUUUGAAGUGGAGAUACCCGCCAGUACAGUUCAGCUUUAAUAAUGACAGACACCGCAGCUCUAGUCAAGGAGUUUGAAGCAGCUUGUAAGAGUAUAGAGAACGCGGGGGAACCCGUGCGAACCAAGAUAAGUAUGAGGGACCUACUAGAACUGUACGCUCUCUUCAAGCAGUCCAAAGUAGGCGACUGCAAUACAGCUCGGCCGAGAUACCCAAACUUUAAAGGAAUGUCGCAGUGGGACGCCUGGAAGAGUAAAACAGGGAUGACAAAAGAGGAAACGAUGACAGGUUACUGUGAUCUUGUGAAGAAUAUAUUCAUAACAAUAGAGUCCGAGUAGUGUUUAAUAUUGUUUAUUAAUUGCACACUCAUGUGCGACCAAAAUAAGAUAGAACUAUAAUGAGCUCACAAACACCAAGGUUUAAAUAAUGCAAUGUAUUUAAAACACUUUAAGUUUUAUUUCUUUAUGUGUGACUGCAGUGAUGAAUUUAGUCGUUUUAUACGGCAGUUUGCCAUUUUGAAAAAUUACGUUCUAAGCUGUGAUCUCAGAACGGUGCUUUUCCAUUUUCGUGGGACAAACCUUGAUGAAAAAGUUUUGCGUUAAUGCUUAUCAUGUCUAUAAGUAUAUUUUAAAUGUGAUGGGCAGUCAAUGGUAACCUUAGAUUUAGAAUUGCGACGCUCGAAAACAUUGCAGCUUAUUAUGAUAUUAUGAUACGAUGUCUGAGCGCUGUUUGACGGCAUUAAGCUUUUACUUUCAAUUUAUUAUUUGUUUAUAUUUAAGGGUUGUGACUAGUCCAUUUUGAAACUGACAUUUAAGUAAUUG